CGGCGGUGGUGCGGCGGGGUCUUGCAGCAGGCGCGCGUCGGUCCAGUGCUCGCGCGGGGCUUGUGCGGCGCAGUUCGCGGCGCGGACACUUCGCUGGCGCGCGGCAGCUUUGGCGAGGCCGCGAGGAGCAGAGCGCAGGGACGAGCCGAGAAUCCAGCAAACUGGACAAUGGCACUUACAUGUGUUUGUAAAAGUGAAGUUUAGUGAUUGCAUCUACAUUCUGCCUGCUUCAUACCCUUGGGAUGUUUGAGAAGAGAGUCACACUAAAAGAAGACUGUUUGCAAAUGGCUUCAGAACCUAUGAAUGCAAAACAAGUUAGAAAUCACUUCACAAAAGGGAAGAGGCAACAGCACCAGCAGAUAAAAAACAGAUCUUCAGUUAGUGAUGGUGAUGGAGAAGACUCCUUUAUCUUUGAAGCAAAUGAAGCUUGGAAAGAUUUUCAUGGAUCUCUUCUUCGGUUUUAUGAAAAUGGAGAACUCUGUGACGUCACGCUAAAGGUUGGCUCAAAGCUCAUCUCUUGUCACAAACUAGUAUUAGCAUGUGUUAUUCCCUACUUCAAAGCCAUGUUUCUCUCUGAAAUGGCUGAAGCCAAGCAAACGCUGAUUGAGAUCAGGGACUUUGAUGGUGAUGCAAUAGAAGAUUUGGUCAAGUUUGUUUAUUCUUCACGGCUCACUUUGACUGUUGACAACGUCCAGCCUCUCUUAUAUGCAGCCUGUAUUUUGCAGGUUGAACUGGUGGCUAGAGCUUGUUGUGAAUACAUGAAGUUACAUUUUCAUCCCUCCAACUGCCUGGCAGUAAGAGCUUUUGCAGAAAGUCACAAUCGAAUAGACUUAAUGGACAUGGCAGAUCAGUAUGCCUGUGAGCAUUUUACUGAAGUAGUGGAAUGCGAAGACUUUGUAAGUGUGUCCCCCCAGCAUCUACACAAGCUUUUAUCCUCCAGUGAUCUAAAUAUUGAGAAUGAAAAGCAGGUGUAUAGCGCAGCUAUCAAGUGGCUUCUUGCCAAUCCUCAGCAUCAUUCCAAGUGGUUGGAUGAAACACUUGCCCAGGUUCGUUUGCCGCUGUUGCCAGUUGAUUUUCUUAUGGGUGUUGUGGCAAAAGAACAGAUUGUCAAGCAAAAUCUAAAAUGUAGAGAUUUAUUGGAUGAAGCAAGAAAUUACCACCUUCAUUUGAGUAGCAGAGCAGUACCUGACUUUGAAUACUCCAUUCGAACUACCCCAAGGAAACAUACUGCUGGUGUCCUGUUCUGCGUUGGUGGUCGAGGUGGAUCUGGUGACCCCUUUCGCAGUAUUGAAUGCUAUUCUGUCAACAAAAACAGUUGGUUCUUCGGACCAGAAAUGAAUAGUCGAAGGCGACACGUGGGUGUAAUUUCUGUGGAAGGUAAAGUGUAUGCAGUGGGUGGACAUGAUGGAAAUGAACAUUUAGGUAGCAUGGAGAUGUUUGAUCCUCUCACUAAUAAAUGGAUGAUGAAAGCAUCAAUGAACACAAAGAGGCGAGGGAUUGCCUUGGCCUCCUUAGGAGGCCCAAUUUAUGCAAUUGGAGGAUUAGAUGACAAUACCUGCUUCAACGAUGUGGAAAGAUACGAUAUAGAAUCUGAUCAGUGGAGUACAGUGGCACCAAUGAACACUCCCCGUGGAGGAGUUGGCUCGGUGGCUCUUGUGAACCAUGUUUAUGCAGUAGGUGGCAAUGAUGGAGUAGCUUCUUUAUCUAGUGUGGAAAGGUAUGACCCACAUCUGGAUAAGUGGAUAGAAGUGAAAGAAAUGGGUCAACGAAGAGCUGGUAACGGAGUUAGUGAGCUUCAUGGUUGCUUGUAUGUUGUUGGUGGUUUUGAUGAUAAUUCUCCUCUGAGUUCAGUUGAGCGAUACGACCCUCGGAGCAACAAGUGGGAUUAUGUAGCAGCUCUUACCACUCCCAGGGGUGGAGUGGGGAUUGCCACGGUGAUGGGCAAAAUCUUCGCAGUUGGUGGUCAUAAUGGCAAUGCAUACUUAAAUACAGUAGAAGCAUUUGAUCCAGUACUGAAUAGGUGGGAACUUGUUGGAUCCGUGUCUCACUGUAGAGCUGGAGCAGGCGUAGCUGUGUGCGCCUGUUUAACUAGCCAAAUUCGUGAUGUAGGUCACGGACCCAAUAAUGUGGUUGAUUGUAUGUGAUUUGAAUUCCAGCCACCAACUAUGAUUUAGUCAUAACUGAAGACAAGACAGACUUGUAUGAACUUUAUACGACUACCUUUAAACAGUUCUAAUUACUACUAAGGUUUUGCUUAAAUGUAAACUGUUGUAAGUGCAAUUUCUACAGUGGUAGUUGAAAAAUUAUAAAGUUCCAUUUGAUACUUUCCAUUUUAGCAUAUAACUGACCUAGGAAAGGAAGAGAGACUAACCUGAAACCAUACUUACUCUGGAAAAUUUUACAAGUAGCGCCAAAUCCUUGUAGUCCCUAUAACAAAUUUUUAGAUGGAUCAAAAUGUAAAGCCAAGUCACUUUGCUGAGUUUGCCUUUUUUUCUGCUUAAAGAUGUUAACCUGUCAGAUUUUUCAUAGAGGGUGAUUAGAACUUAUUUGUCAAUACAAUCCUGGGACACAUAAGAGACCUUUUAAAGAUCAUUUCUACUUGGUGCUGAUGCAUUUAUACCUUGCUGUUUUUCUAGGUGUUGGUUUUUCAAUUUCUUGGAGAUUUACAAAGAUAAAAUAAAUAUUUCAUCUUUCUGAGUACCAGUUAGCUGCAUUUUUAGAUUCUUGUAGGAGUGCUGUAAGAGAGCUUUAAUUUCUUUUGAAUUAUUAGGACAUAAAAAAACCUAGCUGAACUAAUUCUGGAUGACUUAAUCUACACUUCUGUUUUUUCAUCUCAUGUACAAAAGAUCUGUUUCAUAGUAAGCAAAAAUUGAUUCAGAGGAGAAGGCUUUAGAGUUUGUGUUUCUCUGUGGUCCAGUGGGAAGACUUUGAGAAGAAAAGGUGCUGUGACUCUCUGAUGAGGGGCUUCUGUAAACAUGUCUGAUCCGAAAAAUGUCUUAUUUAAUCAGUUGAAUUUGAACCAGAGAUAUAUUUUUUUUAAUUUUGCAGUUUGCCAUCAUCUUGGUUUUUCAAAUUGUACAGAAUCUGGACUAUCAGAAAAUAAAUGCAUUGGGAAAAAAACCCUUAUAGACUGCAGUUUACCGACUAAUCAAGUCUGUCAAUACCAAAAAAGAAAUUAUUGAUAAAAGUGUUAUAUAUAAUCCCCUCCAUUAUAUUUCUUGAACUGUAAUUGAAUAUAUUUCAGCAUAUUAAUUUGAGCCAGGAUAUUGAUAGACCACUGAUUUAACAGUUCUUCAUAGUUUGAACCAGCAUUAAAAAUAACCUAUUCAUUUAUGUGUAUUUUUAUAUUUAUUAAGACUAUUAAAGCAUUCUAUUUUGUUUUUACAAUGCAUCUUGGUCCUUUUAUUCCUUUUAUUGCAGACCUUCCUAAAUUUUCCUUUAGUCAUGCCUUAGAUUUAGUGCAGGUCAGGGCUGGUCAGAGCCAUGUGGGUCACAUAGGAGCCGGGGCAAUGAAGACAUUACCCCCCUCCAUCCAGCCCUGAAGUUUAUUACCUGGUAGCUGUGAUGGGCCUCACCUCAUGGCAGCUUGGGUUGUCAGUGCAGGAGGGAAGAAAGCGCCCUUAUGAAACCCAGUGCCUAUUUGGGUUUAUGAGACCCAAAAGAAGAAAAAAUUGUAAGAGGGCUCAGGCUAGCAGAUAAAGGUUUUUCCUUCAGCAGAUUUUAAAAUUCCCCAAUUAUGCAAUUUUUGUCAUCAGCCUUUGGGCAAAGUAAGUUUCCUUGCUGAAUCUGAGCCACUGUGACUAUAUUUUAGUCAAUCCUAAACACAUUUUAUUCUACAUCUCUCUCGACUGGUUACAGCUGGCUGAAUGUGGAAAAUAGGUCUCAAAAUCUGACUUCAGUUGUCUAUUUCUUAUAUUUAAUGGAGUUCUUAUUUUAUAAUGUUUGUCUUCCUAUGGUCACUCUGUUUGAAGUAUUUAUUUUUGUAGAGGAGGGUAUCUCGAUCUUACUGUUUCUAAUAUUGUUUAAAAUGUCUUUUUAAAAAACAUAACUUUCUGCCUAUGUAGAGCUAAGGAGCAUAAAGACCUUUCGUUUCCAUUUCUGAUUUUUAUUAUUCAGUAGUUACCUAACAAACAGAGUUGGUACUUUCAGUACCCACAAAAUGUGAACUCAAAAGGGAAGUAAAGAGAAGAGACCAUGUGACUGUUUUUGUUAGUUGAUGCACGGCCAGUCAGAAGCAUAGUCUUUACUGACUGACCUGACAUAGGUGUGGAAAAAUAAUAGUAGAAUUAAUAUGCUUAGUUUCUUUAAAAAACAUUCUUUGAGCUAUGAAAUGAGACUCAUACUGAAGAAAUCAUGUUGGUGAGAGAGGGGACUUUUAGAGAAGAUGGCCACUUAAUUCUGAGGCCUGUCACUUUAUCCCAGAUGUUUAAUAGCACCUACCAAAAAGUGAUAUAAAAUAAAGCUAAAUUUUUGAAGUUGUUAAUAGAAAACAGAAAAAAUUAAAAUUUACUUAUUGUAAAUUCUAGGGAGAGAUUUCUAGGGAUUUGGUACGGUCCCUCCAAGUAGUUAAUAGCCGCUGAUUUCCUAUAUUGCACUGUCACUUUAAAAUCAAAUUGCUUGAUUUUACUUUUGAUUAAUUUCAGUAUAUUUUGUGUAACUUUUUGUUUGAAUAAACUUCAUAUUCCUAAUGAGUAUUAUUUAUUCUCUUAUUCCUCAAAUUGUCAGCUAACAAUGCUGUUAAACAUUUAGAUAAAGAGAUUGUUGAAACUGUAUAAACUACUCUUAAAAAUGUAAACUAUUUUUUUUCUACGUCUUGUGGAGGAUGUGUUUAGAAUUGAAUUCAUGUCUUACAAUUAAGAAUGUUUUCUGUGGUUUUGCAUAUGAGACUUUUAAAGAAGUUACUACUGAGAUGUCAUGGACUCUUUUCCCCUUUAUGUGGAAUUACAAGUGGCAAUAACUGUCCCUAUUUUUCUUAAAAUUGUAUAAAAACUAUAUAAGUAUAUUGUAACACUCCAGCAAAUUAAUAAAUUAUCUCAAACACACCAAAUACUGCAAUAAGAGUUGGGUUCACAUCAGUGGCAUUUAUUGAUUUCAAAAUAUUUUGCAAGUAUCUCUUAUGAAUAGGAAGUUCUCCCUAAGAGCUGUGUAACUCUGCUUCUUGUUGUUUUUGUAUAAUCCUGUCAAAACUUUGUCAUUGUUCUCCAGGCCUCAAAUGCAAAAUUAGUAGAUUGGCUGUCAUAUUUUUCUAUAAAGGAUCUUCAC